GUCCUGCGUCUAUUUCUGUCUAUUGUUGAAUGUACCAUCUUCAUAACAAAAAGUGGAUUUUUUUUUAAUAAGUGAAUUUAAUCUAUUUUUAAUUUCGUUUUCUUUUGUUGUUUACUUAAUUAAAAAUACAUAAAUAAAAUGUCGUGCAAUUAUGCCGACGGAUUAUCGCCGUACGAUGACAAAGGAGUUCUUGGUGUUGCAGAGAGAUUCGAUAAUGAAGACGAAGUAAAUGAAAAAUGUGAAAAACUGGCUAAAUUAAUUGAAGCUUCCAAACAUGUAGUUAUCCAUACUGGAGCUGGUAUAAGCACAUCUGCUGGAAUUCCUGAUUUCAGAGGACCAAAUGGAGUUUGGACAUUGGAAAAGAAAGGUGAAAAGCCCACAGUCAAUAUAUCAUUCAAUGACGCGGUUCCCACGAAAACUCACAUGGCUCUUAAGGCACUGGUUGAAAAGGGCUUCGUUCACUAUAUAAUUAGCCAAAACAUCGAUGGGCUUCAUAUGAAAUCUGGUCUCUCUAGGAAAUAUAUAUCCGAACUCCAUGGCAACAUGUUUGUGGAACAGUGUAGUAAAUGUCACAGGCAAUAUGUGAGAGCAACAGCGGCGUCGACUGUUGGCCAAAAACCAUGUGGCGGUGUAUGCAAAGGAGGUGGUAAUUCGCGACCAUGUCGUGGAGGGAUGUUAUUGGACAACGUUCUGGAUUGGGAACAUGAUUUGCCUGAAAAAGAUCUUGAUAUGUCCUUAAUGCACUCAACGUUAGCUGAUUUAAAUAUUACGUUAGGAACAACAUUACAAAUUGUGCCAAGUGGUAAUCUGCCACUGAAAAAUAAAAAAUACGAUGGGAAGCUGGUCAUAUGCAACUUACAACCCACGAAGAAUGAUAAAAAAGCAGAUUUCUUAAUAUCAACGUACGUUGAUGACAUUAUGACAAAGUUAUGUAAACGCCUUGGUAUAGAAAUACCAGAAUAUAGAAAAGAAAUAGAUCCAACCAAAGUAAAUGCAGGUUCACAAUGGACCCUCACAAGUGAUAUAAUAAGAAAAACCGAAAAAAUCUAUAACGAAAAGGUAAAAGCUUUUAAUUUAAAGAGAAAAUUAAAUCACAAUUUGGAAAAUAAAAGUUUGAGUAAAUUACAAAAAGUCGAUAUCAAAGAUUUGAAAGAAGAAGAUGUGAAAGAAGAAGAAAACGAAAAAGAAAUAAAAUUAGAAACAUCCACAUAAUGUUUAAUUUUUUUAAUUAAUACAAAUAUUAAGUAUAUAGUUUAUGUAUCUCAUAUGACAGCAUUUAUUUUAUAAAUAAAAUUGUUGAGAUCGAAAUUUGU